CAGUCAUACAUUGUUUCAUGUUUUUCUUCAUCUCUAACUAUGGCAGUUACAUCGUUGUUCCGCACUAUUCAUAGAGCUUCAUCUAUUAUCAAAUCCUCGUUUUCGGUCUCUCCCAGGUUAGUUGGGAGCGGUCAAUUAUAUUCUAUAUGUUCUCCAUUGAGGCAUUGUAUGCAUUUUGAGAAGCAAGGUUUUUGGUGGGGUUUGAGAGAGUUGAGUUAUGGGAAGGUUAAUCUUGUGAUAAGGGAUGGGAAGACUAAGUUUGAGGCUCAUGAGAUUGAGCCUCCAAGGAAAGAUAAGUGGAAGACUAAGAAGAAGUUGAAGAUGCAAAGGAAGAGAGAGAAGGAGAAGAGGAAAGCGGCGGAUAGGAGAAAUCCUAGUCGACUUGGUGUUAAAGGGAAGAAAAAGAAGCAUAAGUUUGCUACUCCUGAAGAGAGAAUUAAGUUCAAGAUUGAUAAUGCGAGAGUCAAAGAAGCGUUACUCAUUGAAAGGCUCAAACGAUACGAAGUUGCUAAAGCUCAGGGUCCCGAAGUAAAACCAGAUGGCUUGACGGGGGAGGAACGGUUUUAUCUGAAGAAAAUGGCUCAGAAGAGUUCUAAUUAUCUACAAGUUGGAAGAAGAGGAUUAUUCGGAGGGGUUAUUCUCAAUAUGCAUUUGCAUUGGAAGAAACAUGAGACUGUUAAGUGCAUUUGCAAGCCUUGUAAACCUGGUCAAGUACACGAGUAUGCGCAAGAACUUGCCAGAUUGAGUGGUGGUAUUCCAAUUCACAUCAUAGGUGAUGACACUAUAAUAUUUUAUCGUGGAAAGAACUAUAUACGGCCUGAGGUUAUGUCACCGGUAGAUACAUUGUCCAAGAAAAAGGCACUUGAAAAAUCCAAGUAUGAGCAAUCACUCGAGUCAGUAAGGCGUUUCAUUGCUAUCGCGGAGAAAGAAUUGGAGCUAUAUCACAGACACGUUGCACUUUAUGGCGACCCUAGCAACCGCAAUCCCUUGUCUAUACUCGACGGUCCAAGUAGAAGCUCCAUGGAAAAGAGGAAUUACGGCGAAAAGAACCAUGAUUCGAGUAGCUAUUAUCUUUCAGAAACAGAAGCUGAUUCCUCGCAGUCGGAGCUAUCAGAAUCUGAAGAUAACCUUGAAAACGGGAACUUGUCAAUGAGUGAAUCAGAUUCUGAAGAGGGCGACAUGUUGGUUUCCGAUGAUGAUCAAGAAAGAGAAGUAUAUUUUAGUAAAAUGCAAAAUCAAGAUUCAUCAUCAAUGUCUAAACAUGCCCACCAGUAUAGGAAUCAACAUUUGUUAUCUUAAGAAAUCCCCAUCAAACCAAACCAAAUAGUACAUAAAAAUAUGCUUUGAAGGAAAUUGAAAAAUUAUAUACUGUUAGAAAGUAGAUGCAACCUUACCUAACCCUAAGAUUGUGAAUAACAGAUCGUGGAAAAUAACUAUUUGUUCAAAUUAUGCUAUGCUGCAAUGCUAUAGUUGCUAUUUGACGAAGCUUUGUACUAAAUAGUGUGUUGCGAAACAAUAAUUUUUUUUCAAAUUUUACCAUGUUA